UAUCGUCGUCAUUCUACAAGACCGUCUCUUACCAGUGCCGAUUUACCUCACUCUCUCCCAUCCCUCCGUCGCUGCUGUAUCUCCUUCUUUCCUUCUCUCUUCUUCUCCGAUUUGCCUCACUCGGCACUGCAACUCGCUUGGACAGCCAUGGCGUUUCCGUACAUGGAAACCGUCGUCGGGUUUAUGAUAAUGAUGUACAUAUUUGAAACUUACUUGGAUUUGCGGCAACAUGCUGCUCUCAAGCUGCCAACCCUCCCUAAAACAUUGGUAGGACUAAUUGGCCAGGAGAAGUUUGAGAAAUCUCGAGCAUACAGUCUUGACAAAAGCUAUUUUCACUUUGUUCAAGGAUAUGUCACCAUUCUGAUGGAUUCUGCGAUUUUGUUCUUCGGGAUAUUACCUUGGUUUUGGAAGAAAUCAGGAGAUUUUCUGCCUUCAGUGGGUCUUGACCCAGAGAAUGAAAUACUGCACACUCUUUCAUUCUUGGCUGGUGUUAUGAUAUGGUCACAGAUAACCGAUUUGCCGUUUUCUUUGUAUUCAACUUUUGUGAUCGAGGCCCGGCAUGGUUUCAAUAAGCAAACGAUAUGGCUAUACAUCAAGGACAUGAUCAAAGGAACACUCCUUUCUGUGAUACUUGGCCCACCUAUCGUCGCUGCAAUCAUUGUCAUAGUACAGAAAGGGGGUCCUUACCUAGCCAUCUAUCUAUGGGCUUUCAUGUUCGUCCUGUCUCUUGUGAUGAUGACUAUAUACCCUAUUCUGAUAGCUCCGCUUUUCAAUAAGUUCACUCCUCUUCCAGAAGGGGGUCUCCGCGAGAAAAUCGAGAAACUUGCUGCUUCAUUGAAAUUUCCUCUGAAGAAAUUAUUUGUUGUCGAUGGCUCUACAAGGUCAAGCCAUAGCAAUGCGUACAUGUAUGGUUUCUUCAAGAACAAGAGGAUCGUUCUCUAUGAUACUUUGAUUCAGCAGUGCAAAAAUGAUGAUGAAAUUGUGGCUGUGAUUGCGCAUGAACUAGGACACUGGAAGCUUAACCAUACAAUGUACUCUUUCAUUGCAAUGCAAAUCCUUGCUUUCUUGCAAUUUGGAGGAUACACUCUCGUGAGGAACUCAAGUGACCUCUUCAGGAGUUUUGGAUUUGAUACACAGCCAGUUCUCAUUGGUCUGAUCAUAUUUCAGCAUACUGUCAUACCACUUCAACACCUAGUAAGCUUUGGCUUAAAUCUCGUGAGCAGAUCGUUUGAAUUUCAGGCUGACGCCUUUGCAGUGAAGCUCGGCUAUUCCCAAGAUCUCCGUAAUGCUCUGGUGAAGCUACAGGAAGAGAAUUUAUCGGCCAUGAACACUGAUCCAUGGUACUCAGCAUACCACUACUCACACCCUCCUCUUGUGGAAAGACUGGAAGCCAUUGAUGGAGAGGACAAGAAGACACACUAAGGUGUUAAAUUUCUUCAUCACCAUCAUCAGCAUCUGCUCACUCUUGUAGUUGACAGUAGGUUACUACUGUGCUAGCUAUACCGUGGAGCUUUUUGUUCGAAUGAAUGGUAAUGGAAUGGAAUCACACACUACGUUGUUUGGACCAUAUAAAUAUUCUGGAUUUGUGUCU